AUAUUACACAUGAAGGGCGUGGCAAUGGGGAAGAAGCAGAGUCGAUGCUUAUAAAGUGCAGCUACCUUAUGUGUUUAAACCUAAUUGCUCUGAAGCGGAGGACACGAACUAUCUCUACAUCGGAAGAACUGACGCAGGAAGAGACGCAUACAUAUUGUAGCCAUAAAAGCAGGCUCAGACAGUCGCAUCCUGAACUUGUGGUUUGAUGUAGCCUACAUUAGCUACAAUAUAGCGAGUAUUGUAAUUGCAAUGGAAUGUAAACUCUAGGCUAUACUAGACCAGAGGCCUGCUGCAUCCUCCCUUAAAACUAGUGUUCUCAGUGCAGGUGGAUUACACCCCCAAAUGCAGACACCCCUAGUGAAUUUGACCUGACGGUGGAUACUACAGCUUCCAUCCAGACAGCAAACCAAAGGAUAGAGAAUUUUUAUUGCUCUUCUGUUACGCUAAAACUUGGCUUUGACUUUUGCAGGGUUCAAGGGAGUUUUUCAGCUGUUUUGAACCAGUGGUUCCGUUUAGCACUCACAAUGAAGAUGGGUACGGCUGUCAUGGAGGCAGCAGACAUUGCUGUGGUGGUGCUGUACUUCAUCCUGGUCCUGAGCAUCGGGUUCUUCGCCAUGUGGAAGGCCAACCGCAGCACGGUGAGCGGAUACUUCCUUGCGGGACGCUCCAUGACAUGGGUGGUGAUCGGAGCGUCCCUGUUUGUCAGCAACAUCGGCAGUGAACACUUCAUAGGCCUGGCUGGGUCGGGAGCAGCCAGCGGCUUUGCUGUGGGAGCAUGGGAGUUUAACGCUCUUCUCCUGCUGCAGCUGCUGGGCUGGGUCUUCAUACCUGUGUAUAUCCACUCUGGUGUGUACACCAUGCCGGAGUACCUGUCCAAACGCUAUGGGGGCAAUAGGCUAAAGGUGUACUUUGCUUCGCUUUCUGUGCUGCUCUACAUCUUCACCAAGAUCUCUGUGGACUUGUACGCUGGGGCGCUUUUCAUCCAGGAGUCACUGGGCUGGAAUCUCUACCUGUCCAUCAUUCUACUCAUUAGUAUGACCGCACUGCUUACGGUCACCGGCGGCCUGGUUGCGGUCAUGUACACAGACACCCUCCAGGCCGUGCUGAUGAUUGGUGGAGCUCUCAGCCUGACCAUCAUCAGCCUGAUCAAGGUCGGUGGUCUUGAAGGGGUCCGGACCAAGUACAUGCUAGCUGUCCCAAAUGUAACAGCUAUCCUGGCCAGUGGGAACUUCACCCACUCACCCUCCUGCCGCAUUGAGCCCAAGCCAGACUCCCUGAGGAUCCUCCGGGGCCCGUUGGAUGAGGACAUCCCCUGGCCUGGCUUCCUCUUAGGUCAAACCCCAGCUUCCAUCUGGUACUGGUGUGCUGACCAGGUUAUUGUCCAGAGGGUGCUGGCUGCCAAGAACCUUGCCCACGCCAAGGGCUCCACGCUGAUGGCUGGCUUCCUGAAGGUCCUGCCCAUGUUUAUUAUUGUUAUCCCCGGGAUGAUAUCCCGGAUCUUGUUUGCAGAUGAGAUUGCCUGCAUUGGGCCAGAGCACUGCCUGGCUGUGUGUGGCUCUAAGGCGGGGUGCUCCAAUAUUGCAUACCCACGGCUGGUCAUGGCAGUGAUGCCUGUGGGACUGCGAGGGCUGAUGAUGGCUGUGAUGAUUGCGGCUCUCAUGAGUGAUCUGGACUCUAUCUUUAACAGUGCUAGCACUAUCUUCACCCUGGACAUCUACCAGAGUGCUAGGCGUGGUGCGUCCCAUAAAGAACUGUUGUUGGUGGGCCGGCUGUUCGUGGUGUUCAUGGUGGUUAUCAGCAUCGCCUGGGUCCCUGUCAUCAUCGAGAUGCAGGGCGGCCAGAUGUACCUGUACAUACAGGAAGUAGCCGGAUACCUAACCCCGCCCAUUGCCGCCCUCUUCCUGCUGGGUGUGUUCUGGAAGCGCUGCAACGAAAGGGGUGCAUUCUGGGGCGGUAUGACCGGGUUUGCGCUGGGUACCACCCGGCUGACCUUGGCGUUUAUUUACCGAGAGCCUCCCUGUGACCAGCCAGACGACAGGCCUUUCUUCAUCACACAUGUCCACUACAUGUAUGUGGCUGCUGGGCUGUUCUGGGUGUCUGGACUGGUGGCUGUGGUCGUCAGUCUCUGCAACCCUCCUCCAGAUAAGGAGCAGAUCCGCACAACCACAUUAUGGGGCCUGCGUAACAUGGGAAAGCUUCUCCUCAAAGACCGUGAGGAGAUGUACAAGCUGACGGAUAAGAGCCCUUUGCAGUUGAAUGGAGGCCUCUAUAAGGAUCUGCCCCCAGACAUCUGCAAUGCUAGGUGUCUAGAUGGGGAGGAUGUCAAGCUGCUAGCUCCGCCUUCUGACUUUGACCCCGCGACUCCCAGUGGUGAGACAACCCCGGAAAUGACACUAGCAACGCCCACCACCCAGUUUGAUAACGGGCACCCAGGUCUAGUGCAUGCAGAGGAAGGUUGUGGGGAUGAGGAGGAUGGGAGGUGCAUGCAGCUGUUGGAGUGGUUCUGUGGGUUUAAGGAAGCGGCAUAUGAUGCCCAUCCCAAAAGGACAGCGGAGGACGAGAGAGCCGUUAUGGAGAUGCUGUACGAGCCACCCAGAACCAAACUGCUGCUCAACUGUGGCCUGUUUCUCGUCUGCUCAUUGGGAAUAUUCCUAUUUGUCUACUUCUCUCUAUAGACUGGGCCAAAGGAGGGGUUGUUGGGGAUUGUUUCAAGGGAAGUUACAAUUUUCUAAUAUUUUAUGAAUCUGAAGUUUGUAAUAUUUACAGUGCAGCUUCCUAACAAGGAUUCACUGAGCUUUUUGAAAUCAUUCUUUUGAAACGAUUGAAUCUUCUGUCUAGUCUCACAAAACUCCGAACCACUUCAACUCUAUCCUGUACUUGUCAUUUUUGUAAAGUGCUUAUUGUUAAUGUGACUGACAUAUCUAUUGUGAUUUAUAGAACUGUGGUAUGUGUUUGGUGACAUUAGCAUUAUUUAUAUUCACUUUUUAUAUUUCCUUGAACAGUUGUUCCUGUGCUAAAAGUGUUAUUGGGACCAUUGACUUUGAUGUUAGCUAUAGCACACCCAUAUAUCUGAAUGUCUAUGUACUCUGAACAUGUACUGUAUGUGGUUUACGAAUAGUGUGUUCAGACUUUCCAUGUACUGCUAUGUUACUAUAUCCAUAUCAGCACAAGUGGUUAAGCUGGGUGAAUUCCUUGUUUAGUACAGCUUAAUAGUGUGCUGCUGUGUUAUUCCACCUGCUUUUCUAUCGAGAAAGUUUAAGAAACCAUUUUAAGGCCUUUUUGUUAUGCAGAGAUUACCUCAAAGUUACACUAAAGCCAUCACCCUCUACCACAGAUGGAGAAUACACUAUCAUAAGUGUUUUCCUUUCCUAUUAUACAUUGUUGAUUGGUGAUUGGUGAUCGUUGGUGAUUGCAAAUGCUUAGAAUUUUUACCAAAUUAUUUAGUUCAUGUUUGUCCUAUUACUUAUUAUUUUCUGACGUUUCCAAUUCUUAAGAAUACCCAGGUGAGUUGCUGUAGAAUGUGUAAAAAUGAUGUUCUCAAGUAUAAAGAUGAAAGUAGGUAUGACAGUUUGUCAACUGGAAAAACUCUACUUUUUAUUAUACACAUAUUGUAGCAUUCCAAGAAUUGAACAUACAGUAUCAAUGCUGGUAGUUUGUCAUGUGUUUAUGAUUAGGUUAAUAUUUGCUAUUUCUUACUGUUUGUCUGAAUGUUGUAUCUUCCACAGUUAAUGUCAUGACAUUUGUUCAGUAAGCUAUUUUGGUAACUCAGUGACAACACUAAAACCAAGCCCUGUUUUUUUGUGGGUCUUUUGUUUGACCUUUAUUUAUACUGAACAAAAAUAUAAGCUGACAAGGUAAAAAUCUGUCGUUCUAACCCUGAACAAGGCAGUUAACCCACUGUUCCUAGGCCGUCAUUGAAAAUAAAUAAGAAUGUGUUCUUAACGGACUUGCCUAGUUAAAUAAAGGUAAAAUAAAACUAAACGCAACAUGCAUUUGAGUGAAACCUCUUACCAAAUGUGUCUUAGUGUUCAAUGCUGAAGAAAAUGUUUUUGUUUUUCAAGAAGGCAAAACAAUGCCAAUCUGAGCAGUGAAUGCUAUGGUUAUUAUUAAGCCUUACUAUUAAUUGGAUAAAGUUUUGUAGUGAAAUAGUGGCAACUCUUCAAUAGCGUACCUAAUGGAGAUUCAUUUGCAAAGUAGACAUGCUAUUUCAGACCUGUAGUUGUUUUGCUGAAAAUUAAAGCUUCGCUAACCAUC